AUGGAUAUAAAUGCAUGUAACCAGCUGCCUAGAAGUCCUAACUUAGCAGCAGAUGAUUCAUGUUCUAUAAAUGAGCUCACUUACAAUAACUUACCACCAAAUGAAAAACAGUACUUAAAGAAACAAAAUCACACUGAGAAGUCUUUAAAAUCUCCUAGGAAUGCUCUCGAUGGUAGGAAUGAAAGUUUCUGGGAAAAUGAGAGUCUAAGUCAACGUCAGAGCCUCAGCCUAGAAGCAGUCCCUCCUGUUUCUACAGAAAAUCAAACACAUUCUUGCACAGUGCUUGACGGGCUUCUGUUUCCUGCAGAAUAUUAUGUUAGAAUGACACGAAGCAUGUCAAAUUGCCAAAGGAAAGUAGCCCUGGAAGCUGUAAUUCAAAGUCAUUUAGGUGUUAAGAAAAAGGGAUCAAAAAAUAAAAAUAAGGAGGCAGCUAGAAAUUUAAACCUUUCUUAUGAAGAAACUGACCAAAGUGAAAUUAGGAUGGCUGACACAUGUGUGGGACAACCAAGUUCAAGAAGUCCUCAGAAAUUCCUCUCAUUAACUGAGGUCAGCUGUCCCCCUGGGUCCUCGGACGAUAGUGACAUUACUAGGAGGGCAGUUACCCAACCAUCUCAUAAAAGACACAUGGGACAAAGAAAAUCAAUCUACACCCCAUUAUUAGAUCAGGAACUACAUUUGCCAAUUUCUGGCACAUCGGGUAUCAACAGGCCCAAGGAAGAAGUUGCCUUGCACCAAGAUCAGAAAGAAAAAGAAAUGACCCAUGGCAAGAAGAGAGUUAAAGGGAAGAAAGGCCAUCAUCAGAAAGAGGACUCCCUCUCUUCCAGUGGCAGUGCAUAUUUAGCUCUGGAUCAUGAAGCCUUCAGUCCUCCAUUUUAUAAGCAUGAAAUGCUAAGUUUAAAGCAACUGUCAUCUUUCCUCAAAAUCACAGACUUUCAGUUACCUGAUGAAGACUUUGGACCUCUUAAACUUGAAAAACUGAAGUCCUACCCAGAAAAACCAGUUGAGCCUUUUGAAUCAAAAAUGUAUAGAGAGAGGCAUCCUAAAGAAGGAAAUUGUACUGUUUUGAAAGAACUGAUUCCUGAACAAGUAGACAUAGAAAAGGAGGACUUGGAAAAGGAAUUCAUUUUUCUUCCAGGAAAAGUACAUUCAAAAAUGCCUAACAUAAAAAGCCACCAGCCUAAGAAGAAGGACCUUUCUUCAUCCAUGUUACUUUUCACUCCUUUAAAUACAGUUGUACCUGAUGAUAAUGACAGACCUGCAGCAGACCUGUGUUCACCUGCUUUCCCCAUCUUGGGUACUACUCCAGCUUUUGGCUCCCAAGCAUGCUAUGAAAAUGUGUCUGCAGAGGUUGUUGGAUCUACUUGCUGUACACCGCAGCUUUUUCACCUGAAUGACACAACUGGUCUUGCUAAUGAUAGUAAACAAUGCAGCAGUCCAACCAGUCUGUCCAGAUUGGAUACCAGCCUGCAUUUGUCAGGUUGGAAAGGACAACCUGACCAUGACUGUGACUCUGGCCCCCAAGCAACACCUCUACCUGUGGAGUCAUUCACUGUCAAACAAGAUCAGCUACCUGGAGGUACACACCUGGCAUUGUGUAAACAUUCAGUUGAACAGAAUGAAAUGGAAGACCUUCCUGCUUGUGAUAGCGUAAACCCAGGCAACCUUCAAUUGGUUUCAAAGUUAAAGAAUCCUUCAGGUUCCUGUUCAGUAGACGUGGGUACCAUGUGGUGGGAAACAGCUGGUCAUAAAGAGCCAUGCAUUGUAACUGCUUGUGAAUAUAUUGUUUCUCUUUGGAAGCCUCUGGAUACUUGGCAGUGGAAAAAAGUUUAUUCCUGGCACUUCACAGAGGUUCCAGUAUUACAAAUAGUUUCAGUGCCUGAUGUUUGUAAUCUUGUGUGUGUAGCUUUGGGAAAUUUGGAAAUCAGAGAAAUCAGGGCAUUACUUUGUUCCUCGCAUGAUGAAAGUGAAGAGCAAUUACUACUGAAAUCUGGAAAUAUAAAAGCAGUACUUGGCCUGACAAAGAGGAGGCUGGUCACUAGCAGCUGGACGCUUUGUGAUCAACAAAUAGAAAUGAUGACGUUUGCGGAAGAUGGAGGAAGCAAAGAAAAACAGUUUUUGAUGCCCCCUGAAGAGACUAUACUAACUUUUGCUGAGGUUCAAGGGAUGCAAGAAGCUCUACUUGGUACCACUAUAAUGAACAACAUUGUUAUUUGGAAUUUAAAAACCGGGCAGCUUUUGAAAAAGAUGCACGUUGGUGAUUCUUACCAAGCUUCAGUCUGUCACAAAGCCUAUUCUGAAAUGGGGCUCCUAUUUGUUGUGCUGAGACAUCCUUGUGCCAAGGGGAGUGAGUCGUUCGGAAGCCCUGUAUUUCAGCUGAUUGUGAUGAACCCUAAGACGGCCCUGGGUAUGGGUGUGAUGCUCUACUGUCUUCCUCACGGGCAGGCUGGAAGGUUCUUGGAAGGUGACGUGAAAGACAAUUUUGCAGCAGCAGUAUUGACUUCUGGAAAAAUUGCCAUUUGGGACUUACUUCUAGGUCAUUGCACUGCUAUUCUCCCACCUAUCUCUGAUCAAAAUUGGUCUUUCGUUAAAUGGUCAGGGACAGAUUCUCAUUUGCUGGUUGGACAGAAAGAUGGAAAUAUAUUUAUUUACCACUACUAUUAAGAUAAGGUGAAAACACAGUUUCUGGGUAUAUUUGGCCUGUUAAUAUUUUUUGGAGUUGUAGCUGUAAAGGGAAAUAUCUGGAUGACAUUUAAAAUAAUUAGUCUUAUUCAUUGAUACAGAUCGUUUUUUUAUUAUGAUGGUGGUGGGCACCUUUGAUCUUGAAUGUUUAUUUAUACUUACUUAAAUAAUAUUGGUUUUUCCCCACAUUUGCAUGUUUGCUUUUAAAAGGUGUGUAUACAGUU